GAAGAGAGGGGAAGCUGGCUCCAGUCCCUGAGAGGAGAGCAGAGCCUGGAGGAGAGCUGGAGGGAGAAGGUGCUGAGGGCCCUUCCUCCACCACUGACACAAUGGAGGAGGCAAAAGCUCUGAUCAGCACCUCAGAGGCCACACCUGGACACACAGCAGGUGGGCCUCCGGCCUCUGCUGAAACACAGGUGGAGGCAGAGGGAGCAUCGCUGCUCGAGGGUGUCGCAGUUCCAAGUGACACCUCGGAGCCUGCGCCUCAGAGCACGGCGGGUGAUUCUUCUGAGAAGUCACGGAAGAGGAAAAAGAAGAGGAAUAAGGCAAAGGCGGGUCCUUCCAGCUCUGGGGAGCAGGGCUCCCUGCCUCCUUCAAGCACAGCACCAGCUCACAGCACAGAAUCGCCCGAUACACGUGUUUCUCCACAGGAAAUCCAAACCCUGGGCAGUGAAGCCGCGGAACCAGGUGCUGAUGUACUUGCUGGUGACGGCAGAGGCGCCCGUGAGAGCGAUGGGGCGCUGGGGCGCUCGGGAAAGGAAGCUGGGAGCCGGGAAGCGGUGGCAGAAGGCAGUCGCAGCAGCGUCCGUGUGAUGGCCCCCCCGAAGCAGAGCAGCACGGACAGUGGGGCUGCCCCGGCUCCGAGCUCUGCAGCCCCAGAGGAGAAGGUGGAGGGUAGAAGUACUACAGAGUGUGGAGAAACGGGCAGGAGUAAUGUGGAAGGGAACGGCUGUGCUCCUGACACUGGCCAGCUUCCAGAAACCAAACCAGCUUCCCAGUCCUCGGGGAGCCAUAAGAAACCGGCCUCAACAGGGGAGAAAACGAGCGUUGCCUCUGGGUUGUCUCCUGAUACGGGAGUGCCUAAAAGUAAGGCUGCAGCUCCUUGUGCUGAGCAUGGAAGUCAGGACAUGAAGACUCCGCCUGUGGUCAAGAGCUCGCAGGCUGGGAGGGUUAAACAGGACACGGGGCAGCAAGCGAGCUCUUCGACUCCCAGGAAUGAAGAGGCCAAACAGAAAAAGAAGACCCCGAGUGAGAAAACGCAGGAAGCGACUGAGAAGGGAAGUCAGACCAAAGGAUCUCAGCCUGCUAGAAAGGAUGAUGCUUCAGCUGUGACCAGUGGUCGCAAGGAUAAAAAGCAGCAAACGAACCAGAAACCUGUGGAUAAGAUUAAAGAAAGUUUUGUGUGCCAGAGUGAUGGUGUUACAGUGUAUUUCCAUGCGAUAUUAUCCAAAGACUUCAAAAUAAACCCUGAGACCCAUAAAGUAUUCAUCAGGGCUGAAGGAGUUUAUCCCUACGCAAACUGGAAGGACAACGUUUGUGAGCUGAUCUGCACCAAGCGUCUAGAAGAACACGGAUACCUCAUUGAAGGCACUGUAACUCUUGCAAAGGAAAAUAUUGAUAAGCACAUUCCUUACAAGUACUGGGUUGCCUGUGGCGAAGGGGAGUAUGAAUUUAUCUACAAGAGUUCAAAUAAUUACGUGAACCGCUGCUUAUUGAUAAGAGGCAACCUCCUCAACAACAGAGAAUGGCAUCAGUAUGAUGAUAUUGUGUGUGCAAAGCCUUCUCUAAUGAAGAACAUUUGGAAGACGAUUUCUCGUGAUAAAAACAAAGACGUGGUGGAAGGGAAGAAAAUAGCUGCAAAUAUUAUGUUAGAAAAUAUCUUCAGCAUUCUUGGAACCUGGAGUGGCGACAACCUGAGAAACUUCUUCUUCCAGCUGAGACAGUUUUACUUUGUUACAGCAAACCCGUGGGUACACGAUGGCAGGGAGAUGCCAUGGACAGAGUUAGACUUUGGCUCACAGCAGGUGAAUGAUCUGUUGCUAAUGUAUAUGAAGAAAAUCACUCUUCCUUUCCUCGCGCCAGAAGAUGCGAAAGCAUCGCAGGGGGACACAGUCAUAAAAAGUAAACUGACUCUGGGCCUCACCAUCCUCACAGUAGUUGAAAAGUUGGAGCUUCCAGCAUUUAAAAGUGAUUUGGCUGCCCUGUGUAGCCUCUUGUGCUUGGAUAAGGUGUCGCAGCAAGCCAUACGGGAUGAGAUUGGUCAUAUCAAGAAGGUUUUUGCAGCAGUUGCUAGUUUGAAGGUUCAUCUGACAAACUUGUGCCAGAGAUGCAUUGAUGCCCAAGUAGACCAGUGGGUCUGGGUUAUUCCCCUUCUGCAUUUCUUCGCUGCCCCGUUGCAGCAUGACCACUCGCCCAUGGAAGAAGAUGUCUGGGCGGGGCUGGAAGGGCUCCCAUUUGCUGAGGCAAGGAAGAAGCAAGUUACGAAGACUCUACUGCAACUAAUGAAAGAAAAGAAAUACUUGAUGGAAUUGGAUAAGACUCUGGUCAAGUCCUGGAUCUGUGUGCUGCCCCUGGAGAGCCUGCCUGAAUUUAUAGAAGACUUCUCCAGUGAUUUAUUAGUUACUCUUCAAGGUGUUUCUUACAGAUUAGAGAACAUGGACCGUUUGUGGAAUGGGUCUAAGGUAGUAGAGAGUCUUCUAAAGACGCUGCUGUGUACCCUGGAUAAGGAACAGGCCAGAGCUCUGGAAGCUCGCUCUUGGGAAUCCUGCUUUACCUGUUGCCUCAAGCUGCACAAGAUGAUCUGUAAAUGCCUGAAGCGGGGAUGUUUCUUCGUGAUUCCUGUCACUUCUGCCACGAUGAUCUCGAAGCUUGCCACGCUUCAGCCCACAGCAGUGAGUACCCUGGAGCCAGGAGAUGCUGUGCAGGGAGUUGCAGUGGUAGAAGCAUUCACUGAAGCUCUGAGAGACACUCGAACCUGGUUCAGAAAUGCUUUAAACGAGAAGUUGUUGAAAGAAUAUCUGGAGCAUGUGACAUUCUCUUUCUAUUGGGAACUUCGGGCCUGGAAUGAAUUUGUGAAGAUCAGCUUUCCAGAUGAACAGUUCACCAAGAGGUGGAAGAUGACUUUACUUGCAGACCUGGAGAGGAGAAUCCAGGAGGAGCCUCCAGUUAACCAAAUCUUAGUCUACUGCUGUCAGCACUCCCAAUUUACACAGCUUGACUCUUCCAUCGAGGGGUGUUUCCAUAACUGUGCCACAGAGGCUGUAACUGCAGCUUGCCAGACUCAGAACAACCUCCUGGAGAAGAUCUCCUCCUACAGCAUGGGCCGAUUCAGCCAGCUUGUAUCCACUAUUAUUGUGAAGUCGUGGCCAGUCAAGAGUGGGCAGUCUGAGGACGAUUUUGAUGAGAUUUUGCACCAUGUGCUUACGUGGCCUGACAUCAAACACGCCUUCAGCUUUAAUGGAACAAACACAGAGCUCCUAGAAAAACUUACAGAUGAAGCAAAGAAUGCCAUGGCCACAGCAGACUCUGUGAUUACGAGUGUCACCGACGACAUCCAGAAAGGAUGUAUCCUUGUGAAACAUCUGGAAGAGAUUUUCCAGCAUGAGAAACAGUUCAUCUGUAUCUGGGAGAUAAAGCGCCAGCAGCUGUUAAAUGAACACAAAGAACUACUCCAGAGACAACUGAAAGAAUUGCUGCAGAGGAGGCGAGAAGAAGUGACACUUCUCAGAAAAGAGAAAAAAGCAAUAGGAACCUUCCUGAGCAUGUGCAGGAAGGUGCAGGCAUCUGUGAAAGUGUAUGUAGGUGAACUGGAAUUUCAACACGCGGAAGAUCUGCGCUCAAAAAGACUAAAUACAGUUGUGAACGUGGGAAACAGACCCCUGCAGACCUACUACAGCUUGAGCCCAGAAGUGAAAGAGUUUGCCCAGAAAAUGCAGUCUUUCAAGGACAGCCUGAUCUUCCAGCAGUUCUGGGAGGAAGCGGCGCAGAAGGCGAGAGAGGAGUAUGAGAGGUCGGAGGAGGAGGAGGAGGAGGAGGAGGAGGAGAACAUUGUUCCUGCAUUGGACCUUGAUGAUGUUUUCAGAAGUCUAAUCUACCCUUGUUUUGUGAGCUAUGAAACGCUGUACAAUGAUCUCAGAUCUGGACGUCUCACGCUUUCUGAAGUUGAUAGAGUUUUUCAGGAAUUCACAAAUCAUCCUGAAGAUAUCAAAGCUGAGCUACAUACCAUAUGUGAGCUGAGACCUGGGGAAGACAGAGGCUGGAUUGAUCAGCGAUUUCAGCAGAUCCAGCAGUACCAUGAAAUGCAUUUAACUUUUGACGCCGCAAGGAUUAUUGCUAGUGUCAAAGAGAGUUUAAACCUCUCUGGUGACUUCAGUAUCCUGGAAAACUUGUUGGACAUAACUGAAAAGCUUGAAUCCUACAAGACACACAAGCUGGAUUUCAUCAGCCCCGAGCUUAUGAACGCCAAGAGACUGCUGCAGGGGAUCACUGUGACCCGUCGUGGGUGUCUGAGGGAGCUGGUCCAGCAGAAGGAGUUUGUCUGCUGGGUCCGGGAAGCCCUGAAAGAUAUAAAUGAGCUGAAGGUAUUUGUAGACUUGGCGUCCAUCUCUGCUGGGGAGAAUGACAUGGAUGUGGACCGUGUGGCGUGUUUCCAUGACACUGUGCAUGGCUACUCCUCCCUGCUCUAUGAGCUUAGGCAAGAGUCGGGGUUUGAGGACUUCAUGUGCUGCUUGAAGAAGCUGUGGCGAGCCCUGGACAGUGACGAGAAUCUUCCCAAGAAACUGCGUGCUUCAGCUCAGCACUUGGAGUGGUUGAAAACGGUGAAGGAGAGCCACGGCUCUGUGGAGCUGUCGUCACUCUCGCUGGCAGCUGCCAUCAACAGCAGAGGAAUAUACGUUCUCCGAGCCCCUGCUGAUGGGCAGAAGGUUUCUUUGGACAAUGUCCUGCGCUUCACCCUCCCGGGGAGCGCUGGGGACAACGAGGCAACGUGGAAAUACUCUCUGGCAGAGCUCCGCGAGCUGCAGAACAAACUGAUGCUCAUGUCAACGAAGGGGGAGCAAGGCUUGGAGGUGGAGAAGUUCUCUGAGAUCUUUUCCAAUGUCCAAAGACUUGCACAGGCCUUUAUAGACCUUUAUUCAGCUGGGAACAUGCUCUUCCGCUCCUGGCUUGCCCACGUGUAUUGCUCACCCAAAAAAGAAUCGUGUGUUCUUAUAGACUUCUCUUUGGGGCUGAUCCCGGUGCUCGAAGGGCAGGGAGACAGGGCAGCUGUACUCCCAGGCCUCUGCAAGACCAUGGAGAGUUUCCUGGAGAGUUGGAAAAGCUUCAUGUAUGAAAAACGAUUCCAGCAUUUCUACCUGAACUACUACACUGCGGAGCAGCUGGUCUACCUGUGCACAGAGCUGGGGCAGGGGACGCCCAGCCAGGAUGCCCUGAUGAUGCUUUCGUUCCUCAAACCCAACUGCAGCCAGGAGGAUGUCCUCCGAGCCUCCGGGAGCGAGGUGCCUCCCACCUCAGGGAAGGCCGUUUCUGACUUGCAAGGGAUGCUGGAGGGAGAGAAGGACCUGACUGUGCAGCUGGAGUGCAUCUGGGAGUGCUACAUGUGUGACAUGGGCUCCUUCCUCCCCAGCUGCCUGGAUAUCGACACGCUCGGCGGGUGGCUGAAGAACCUGGCCAGAGAGAGCACACGGGUCGCACGCGCCUUCCCGCGGGACCUUCUGUCCGUUGGUCAGCCCAACCUCAUCACCUGCCCUCGCUCCGAGGUGCUGACGUCUGCUCUGGCUCUCUACAUGAACAGCCCCAACCAGCCCCUUCCCACUUUUGAUGAAGUUCUCCUGUGCACUCCUCAGACCACUGCUGAGCAAGUGGGGCUCUUCCUUAGGAGGUGCCUCAUUCCCUGCAGCGGAGGAGAGAAGAUCUACACCAUGUUGUACGCAGACGAGCUGAGUUACGAAGUCAGCUGCAGAGCAGAGGAGCUGUUCCAGCACCUGCAGCACUACAACAGCACCUAUCGCCUCGUCAUCCUGUGCAACUGCGAGAGGGAGCACAGCUACAUCCCUUCUGUCUUCAGCCAGUACAAAGUGCACAUGAUACCCCAGAGGCCGCUGGCUGAAAUCCAGCGAUACCUUCAGCACCACUACAGAGUCGCUCAGCCUUCGAGCUCGGCUGCUUCCGUGUUCAAGGACAACAUGUGUGUCGGGAUUGUGUCCUCCAAAAGAGCCGGUGUGGGGAAAUCUCUGUACGUGAAGAGGCUACAUGAGAGACUGCAAGAAGAGCAGCCUGACUGUACAAAACUUCUGAAAACCAUCAGACUAAUUGAACCAGAAGUGGAUGAAGAUAAAGUGCUAAAAUCUCUCCUGCCUUUCCUGAAGAGAAAACACCAGACAAAGCCCAUGAUAUUCCACUUCGAUAUCACCUCGUCGGUACAAAGUGGAAUUCCAGAGUUUCUGUUCAAGCUGUUGGUUUUGCAGUAUCUGACAGAUAAUAAUGGAAACAUGUGGCUACGCCAGAAGUGCCAUUUGUAUAUCAUUGAAAUCCUUGAGGUAUCGCCCAUGCCAAAGAAAGCAGCAAGACAUAUGUCAGCGAGCCAGAAGUAUAGUUUCUUUGAUGUGUUCCCUAAAGUAACAUGCAAGUCUCCCAAGGAAGUACUAGAAAUGGAGACGCUUUGGAACCAGUCUGGGGAUGCUUCAGACCCAGGAAUGGAUAAGGAAGAAUUUUGCAGUGAGGCUUUCCAGAGACCUUUCCAGUAUCUGAGAAGAUUUGACCAGGGGUGCAGUCUGGACACGUUCUGUUACGAAGAGCACUCGGUGGAAGGCAGCCCGGCAGAGUGCCUGCAGCAGUUCCUCCUGCACUGUGGGGUGACAGAUCCCUCCUGGUCAGAGCUCCGAAACUUCACGUGGUUUCUCAACGUUCAGCUGAGAGACUGUGAAGCUUCUGUCUUUUGCAACCCUGACUUUGUCCAGGACACUUUGCAAGGUUUUAAAAACUUUGUUGUUACCUUCAUGAUUUUAAUGGCAAGGGAUUUUGCAACACCUUCCCUAAACAUUUCUGAUCAAAGUUCAGGAAGGCGGUCCUCCGGCCUGGAGAACGUUGCAGAAGAAGAUCUUCUUCCUUUCCGCAUUCGGAAGAGGUGGGAGUCUGAGCCUCAUCCGUAUUUAUUUUUCAAUGAAGAUCGUGUGUCCAUGACAUUCAUCGGUUUCCACUUUCAGCCUAAUGGCCGUGACGGCGUUGAUGCCAUUAAUCCUUUGAAUGGCAACGUUAUCAAGAGAAAUGUCAUGACUUCACAGUUGUACAACGGCUUGUUACUCCAAAGAGUUCCCUUCAAUGUUCCAUUUGAUCAGUUGCCUCGUCAUGAGAAGCUGGAGAAGCUUUGCUUGGUUUUGGGAAUCCCCUGGGUGAUAGACCCUGACGAGACGUACGAGCUCACGACAGACAACGUGCUGAAGCUCUUGGCCAUUGAGAUGCGAUUCAGAUGCAACAUCCCAGUUGUCAUCAUGGGGGAAACAGGCUGUGGGAAAACCAGACUUAUAAAGUUUCUGUGCAAGUUACGCAGAAGCUUUGUAGAGGUGGAGAACAUGAAGCUUGUAAAAGUGCACGGAGGUACUACUGCGGAGAUGAUUUAUGCCAGGAUCAAAGAAGCAGAAGCCCUGGCUAAAACCAAUAAGGAGCAGCAUGGGUUGGACACGGUCCUCUUCUUCGACGAAGCCAACACGACGGAGGCCGUAAGCAGCAUCAAGGAAGUUCUGUGUGACCGCACGGUACAGGGGAAGCCGCUGGUCUCUUGCUCUGGCUUGCAGAUCAUAGCAGCCUGCAACCCUUACCGUAAGCACACGCCGAAGAUGAUCCAACGCCUGGAAUUAGCUGGAUUGGGCUACCGUGUCAAAGCAGAUGAGACGAAGGAUAAGCUUGGAUCUAUUCCGCUGAGACAGCUCGUGUACCGGGUCCACGCGCUCCCACCCAGCAUGAUCCCGUUAGUGUGGGACUUCGGGCAGCUGAACAACUUAACUGAAAAACUGUACAUACAGCAGAUUGUCCAGCGCGUUAUGGAGCACGUCCCCGUGGGGCAGCUCGAAGCAGAGGUGAUCACAGAAGUGCUUUUUGCUUCCCAGCAAUACAUGAGGCAGAGGGACGACGAAUGUGGCUUUGUCAGCCUGCGGGAUGUGGAACGCUGCAUGGAAGUUUUCAAGUGGUUUCACAAACACAGUGAACUCCUCCUGAGAGAACUGGAGAAGUACCUUGCUGAGAAGAGAGCUUCAAAGAGCACGGCUGAGAGAAACAACGUUAUCUGGUCCUUAGUGCUGGCAGUCGGGGUCUGCUAUCAUGCGUCCUUGGAGAAGAAGGAGGCCUAUAGGAGUGCCAUCAGCCAGGUCCUUCCAAAACCUUACAAUACCCAGAAAAAGAUUUUGGAAGAAAUCACCCUGGUGCAGGACUUGUUCCUGAGUGGCGUGCACCUCCGAGAUACCAUAGCAAGAAACUUGGCCUUGAAGGAAAACGUCUUUAUGAUGGUCAUCUGCAUUGAGUUGAAAAUCCCUCUCUUUCUCGUUGGGAAGCCCGGGAGCUCCAAAUCUCUUGCGAAGACCAUUGUGGCUGAUGCGAUGCAGGGCCAAGCAGCUCAUUCGGAUUUGUUCAAGGACCUGAAGCAGAUCCACCUGGUGUCCUUUCAGUGCAGCCCUCUCUCCACUCCAGAGGGAAUCAUAGGUACUUUCAAGCACUGUGCUCGAUUCCAGGAAGGGAAGAACUUGGAGGAGUAUGUCUCAGUGGUGGUUUUGGAUGAGAUUGGGCUGGCAGAAGACUCUCCCAAAAUGCCCUUGAAGACUUUGCAUCCACUUUUGGAAGAUGGCUGCAUAGAUGAUGUCCCUCUUCCUCACAAAAAGGUUGGCUUCAUUGGCAUUUCCAACUGGGCUUUGGACCCUGCUAAAAUGAAUCGAGGCAUCUUUGUCUCACGUGGUGACCCCAGCAAAGAAGAGCUUAUAGAAAGCGCGAGGGGGAUUUGUUGCUCGGCACGAGGAGCUCUGCAGAAGGUCGAACAGUAUUUUUGUCACUUUGCAGAUGCAUAUGAAAAUAUCUGCAAGGCCCAAGACAGGGAGUUCUUUGGUCUGCGUGACUACUACAGCCUCAUAAAGAUGUUUUUUGCCUUAGCUAAGAGCUCCAAAAGUGAGCCGACGCCUCAAGACAUAGCUGAAGUUGUUCUUCGUAACUUCGGGGGCAAAGAUGAUGUCAAUGCCUUGGAAAUAUUCACCUCGCAGUUACCAGAAAAAGGAGAAAUACAUGCUCAUGAUAUCAGUAGAAUUGAGCUGGUGCGACAGAACAUUCACAGCAGCAGUCAGGAUGGUGACUGCAGGUACCUGCUUGUUUUGACUGAGAAUUAUGCAGCUCUGCAGAUCCUCCAGCAAGCUUUUUUUACUGCCCGACAACAGCCAGAAAUUAUCUUUGGCUCCAGUUUCCCCAAGGACCAGGAGUAUACACAGAUAUGCAGGAACAUCAACCGUGUGAAGGUCUGCAUGGAAACUGGCCAGAUGGUUGUGCUCCUCAACUUGCAAAACCUUUAUGAAAGCCUCUACGAUGCCCUCAAUCAAUACUACGUGUACCUGGCUGGCCAGAAGUAUGUUGACUUGGGACUGGGCACCCACCGGGUGAAGUGCCGAGUGCACCCCAGGUUCCGUUUGAUCGUCAUCGAGGAGAAGGACGUGGUGUACAAGCACUUCCCCAUCCCGCUGAUCAACAGGCUGGAGAAGCACUACCUGGAUAUCAGCACUGUCCUGGACAAGGGGCAAAGGGAAACCGUGAAGGAGCUGAAGAAGUGGGUGCAGGAGUUCGCUGCGGCCAACACAGAAGAGCACUUCAUAAGCCAGCAGAGGUACAGCCCUUCGGAUGUGUUUGUGGGCUACCAGCCCACCACCUGCGCCUCGGUGGUCCUGCAGACCACGGAGAGGCUGCGACCAGCAUGUCACCCGGGCGAGCUCCUGCGCUGCGUGAAGAGGGAGGCGCAGCUGGCCCUGCUGAACUGUGCCACCCCGGACGCCGUCAUCCGCCUCUGCAACUCCGUGGGCUUCUUCAUGGCAGAUUCUCUGGCCAAAAUCUACUUCAAGCAGCAGCAGCACACGUCUUUCGCAGAUUUCCUCCGAGCUCACGUCGGCGCUGGGGCCGGGUACCAAACAGUCUUUACAGAGGUCACCACCUUCUCGAGGCUUCUCACCAGCGCUGACGCUGCCUGUCUGGAGAGGGAAGUGCGGGGUAAAGCGCAAAGGCCUCAAAUCCUCUUCCUGCAGCAGUUUGACACGGAGUACUCGUUCCUGAAGGGCAUCCGAGAUUUCCUUGAUGCCACACCGGGAAAUAAAAUCCUCAUUAUUCAGACAGACUUUGAAGAUGGCUCUCAAAAUGCCCAGCUCAUCGCCUCAGCCAAAUACACCGUUGUUAAUGAAAUCAACAGGGUGGACCUGGGACAAGUCUCCGUCUUUGUUUACUUUAUCAUGAAGCUUUCCCGGGUGGAAGGAGGAACCUCCUACGCGGGAUUUCAUGGAGGACUGUGGCAGUCGGUGCAUAUCGACGAUCUCCGCAGAUCCAAGGACAUGAUCUCCGACGUGACGGCCCUGCAGAACCUCACCAUCAGCCAGAUGUUCUGUGAGGACUCGGGUAAAACCAAAGCUGCAGCUCUGCCUGUGAACGGAGAACAGGGGAGCGAGGUGGAGGUUGAAGCGCCUGUGCCAGAAGCAGGGCACUGUGAGGGUGAAAUCCUGGACACCACUGUACUCCUGAGGACCUGUGUACAAAGUGCUGUGGGGAUGCUGCGGGACCAAAAUGGGGAUCUUAGUCGAAGCAGAAAACGAAUUAAGAUUCUCCUUGGCCUUCUGUCCAAAGAGGAUGACUUGAAAGCCUCUUUCCUGAGGAUAACAAAGGCUCGUCUCUCCAACCUUUUGAAGAAGCAAGAAGAAAAUUCCCUCCACCCGAAAAACUGGGUGCUUCGGGAGGCUUCCAACCUCAGUGCUCUCCAGGAGGCAGGCACCUUCAGGCACACGCUGUGGAAGCGGGUCCAGAAAGUGAUCACUCCGUUCCUGGCUCUGCUGAUUGCUGUCAUAGACAGGAACGGGAAUCUGGAGCUGUUGGUCAGGCCGGCAGCUGAGUGGGUGACAAACCUGUGGAUGUUCAUCUUCAGUGAUACAAAACUUCUGAGCGUCCCUGCUGGCGUGGGCGCGGGCAGCUCUCAGCCAGAGAUAAUUCUGGUGCAGAACAACAUGACGGUGUCUGCUGAUGCUGGGAAUGAGAUGCCCUUCAGCUGGAGGAUAAAGGAGUACUUGGAUGAGAUAUGGUUGGAAGCUCAGUAUAUCCAAAACACUGAAGACCAAGCUGAGAAGUUUGUGGACAUCUUCGAGAAAACGGCACUGGGAAAAUUUCUCUCUGCUCUGAGUGAGAAAGAAAGGCACAUGCUCUUCCAGUGCUAUACCACAGACUUUAUUGCCUUGACCAUUGGUGUGUCGUCGCUAGAGGAGCUGCAGUGUCUGCGGAGCGUGUUCUUAUCCUGCAUAGAGGAGUGGAAGGCGGCAUCUCCCAGGAGAGAGGAGACGGUGCCGUCCUUGCCUUGGGUCCACCUCGGAUACAGCCAGUUCAAGAGCCGCCUGCAGAACUUUUCUAGGAUCCUGGCUGUACACCCUCAUGUGGUUGACUACCUUGUUAACCAGGAAGGAGAUGGAAUUCCAUAUUCUGAGAUGGUUUUAGACGUGCUAGCUGCAAUGGUGUGUGUUGAAGAGCUGGAGAAUCAAGUGCAGACAGCUCAUCCAGAGACCUGGCUGCAGAAAGUGAAGAAUCUUCGCAUGCCCAUUGAAUUUCUUUGUAAAGAGGAGGAUUUACAAAGGACUGGGAGUUGGUGCCAUCAGCUGCUGAAAAAUCUGAAAGUCUGCUGGAACCGGGUCUUCUCCAUGUCUCUGUUUGUAGAACACGUGUUGCUUGGCAUCAACACUCUGAUGCCAGAAUUUGAGAACUUAGUGAAAAAAUAUACUUUACUUCUUGGCAAUUGUUUCCAGCACAAUUCAGACAUGAAGACUCAUCCAACUUUCGUUGCAGUGAUGAAAGUACUGUGCCAAUGCAAGGACGAAGUCAGCCACAGGCUCUACAGUCAUGGUCUGAACUCCUGUCCAGUGUGCCUGGGGGAGCCGAAGGAUCCCGUCUGCCUGCCCUGCUGCCACGUGUUCUGUCAGAAGUGCAUCAGGACGUGGCUGGUCCCAGCACAGAUGCACUGUCCGUACUGCAAAGCUGCCGUGGGGGAUGUUGAUUUAGACGUCUCGGCGGAGCUCAGAGAUGCCAUAGCAAAAGGUGCCCUGUUCCGGCAGAGAUGCAACAAUUUCUUCAUAGAUGUGGUCACUACCAUGUGCUUUAAGGACAAUGAGCCCCCUGAGGCAGAGGUGAUCCUAGAGCUCCUCAACCUGCUCUUUGUUCACAGAAGCCUCCUGCAAGGUUCAGAUCAACCUGCUAUCUACACAAAAUUUCUGUCCCCAUUUAACGACGAAGUAGAUGAAACUCCCAUCAUCCGCUCCGUGAUGCUGAAGCUCCUCUUGAAGUACAGCUUCAAUGAAGUGAAAAAUGAUGUGCAACACUACCUGUCCCAGGUAGAGCACAACGAGAUCCUAGACAAAAAUGAUAAAAAAGAACUCUACUUGCUUUUUGUCAACUGCUUAGAGGAUUCCAUGUGUGAAAAGUCUGAGGGCAGCCUUGGAUAUGAGCAGAUAAACUAUCUGCCUGGAGAAAGAGGCUUUCCAGAGAACUAUCUCCCAAAGAACGAUCAAGAAAUUCCUCCGGAAUCAUCCGUUGAAUACCUGCAGGCAGUAGCCAAGGUUCGCUUGUACCUGAGUAAGGCUGCAGAGCUGCUCUUCGACUUGCACGGGCCCACAGAGCAAGACCAGAUAGAGGAGAAGCAGCGUUACCUGGCAAAUGUGAGGAUGUUCUGUAACCUCACCAAGAACAACUGGCAUCGUGUUUACCUAGUCCGGAAAAUUGCUAGUCAGUAUGGGAUGGAAUUUGCUCAGAAGCUUGUCACGGAGGCGCAGUUUAACUGGGUGUUCCCAGUGGAAAUUCUGCAACAGGUGCAGAACAGCCAGACUAAUCCCAUCGACCGUUACCUGGCGUGUGGCGAGGGGUACCGCGUCCUGCGGGACGCCGUGGGGAGAGCCAUGAUGGAGUGCAGGACCGAGGGGCUGCUGGAGGCGGAGAAGGCAGCUGCCAGCUCCCCGGCUGUAGGACGUGUCCAUCUGCUCCUGGCUGUUUUCAGAGAGGUCACUGCCCUGUAUGGAGUUAGUGACUCUAAUCUGCAUCCCAAGCAGCAGCAAACAGAUGCUAUGACUGCGUUCAUCCAGGACUCCCAAGUCCUGAACUCUCCAGAGCUGCGGCACUUUGCAGCUUCCCUCGUGGGGAACACGCUGCCGUCUCUGAGAGUGGAUCCUCAGAGCUUCAGCCCCAGCGGGGCGCUGGUGGAAGUGGCCGUUCACACCGCGGCGGUGCUGCUCUGCGGGCAGAGCCCCCUCCUGCAGCCCCUCAGGAACCUGGCGUUCUGCCCACACACCAUGGAGCACUCUUUUCUGCCCACAAUGCCAGAAGAUAUAAUGGCUCAGGCGAGGGCCUGGAACGGAGUGGCCUCUCUGCGCUGGUACACAUGUCCAAAUGGCCACCCCUGCACUGUAGGAGAGUGUGGCCUCCCCAUGGAAACCAGCCGCUGCCUUGACUGUGGUGCCCAAGUUGGAGGGAUGCUGCACGUCCCUCUGCAUGGCUUUCAGGAAUUGCGGAAUACUGAAGACAGAACCCAAACUGGCCACAUACUUGGGGAUGCACAGCACAGAAAAACAACGGGAGUGUCUGACCGGGCCAUGUCCCCGGUUGUCUUCAUCCUGAUACGCCUGCUGACACAUUUGACCAUGUUGCUGGGAGCCACAGAAGAUCCUCAGUCAUUGCAGAAGAUUAUCAAGCCACCGGUGCACAACUCGGUGAGUUUCCUGCAGCAGCAUAUCCAGGAGGACUUGGCACAGCUGACAAAAAUUUUGGGGAAGAGUGUGGAUGAGACUAUCAACAUCUUUCAUCUUGUCCUUGGCAGCCUCCUGAAGGACGCCCACCAGCAGCCCGGCCAGUGGCCAGUUCAGUUUGAUGGUGUGCUCUCCACCAAGGAGAAGAGAAAUAAAUGGGAAGAAAUUGUUGCAAACACAAUUAUUAUUCCUGAAUUGGAGGAUUUGGAUAAAAAACUUCUGAAGUUAAAUAGACAAAUACAAGAGGAUGAGAGAAUCUCUUCCAAUCCAAUAGUGAAAAUAGUGUAUGGUGACCCGGGCACGUUCCUGCCCCAGCUGCCAAAGGGCAGUCACAUACAUCAUUCCAAGAUGUGGAGCUGCCGAAAGAGGAUUUCAGUGGAGAACCUGGGCCAUGUAGUCCAGCAGAAGAACGCCAAGGACAGUGUCCCUCUCCUUUGGAAGUUUCUGCAGAAGGAACCAGAGCUGAGGCUGGUUAAAUUCUUACCCGAGAUUCUGGCUCUGCAGAGAGACUUGGUGAGACGAUUUCAAAACACUGCUGAUGUCAAGCAGUGCUCGAUCAGACACUUCCUCACCGAGCCCCUCUCAGAUGUGAUGAGGGACCUGUUCCAGAAGAGAGUGAAUGUGUUUCUGUCUGUUUGGAACAAGCUGAGAAGCUCCCUGGACACCAGUGGGGAAAUUAAACUCCCUAAGGGCUACUGUGACGCUGACCUGACCCUGGACAGCCAGCUUGAGGUCCUUCUGCCACGUCGGCAGGGGCUGGGCCUCUGCUCCACGGCCUUAGCCAGUUACCUCAUCAGCCUGCACAAUGACUUUAUCCACUCAGUGAACAAACACAUCAAGGAAGAUGAUAGGUAUUUGAUCAGCCCGUCAGAAGUGGCCGACCUGCACUUGAUCAGUUACGAGGUGGAGAGGGACCUGAUUCCUCUGAUCUUGUCCAACUGCCAGUACAGCAUGGAGAGGGGAGGGCAGACCUUGCAGGACUUCGAUCUGGAGAGGAUCCAGCAGCAAGUCAUCAGCAAGUUCCUGCAGGGGAAGCCACUCAUCACCCUCAUGGGAAUACCCACCCUCGUGUACAGACACGAUCGGAAUUAUGAACAGCUCUUUAAUGAUGUCAGGAACAAGCUGGAUCAGAGUGCCCUCCCCACUUCAGUGAUGAACAUGAUCAGUGGGGAGCUACAGUCUUACAGUGAUGUCUGUGACGCUCUGUCCGUCACUGAAAUUACCUUGGGAUUCCUGGCCAUGGCUGGAGAGAAUGCCGAAAUGCUUCUGACUGACUACAUCAAAAAUGUUCUGCAGAUGGGUGAUCAGACAAAUCCUCACGUACUGCAGGCCCUAAGACGAUGCCACCUGAAGCACAACAUCGCCCUAUGGCAACUCCUCUCUACCUGCAAAUCUGAGCAGCUUCUGCGCCUCAGAAGGGAUCCUUUUGUAGACAUCAAUACAGUCUACAAAGCUGAGCUCAGUCCAGAGAUUGCCAAGCUCCUCAACACCUUCCUUGUCCACUCAAGGCUGGAAACCUUCCUGCAGGAGCUCCACGAAAUGAUCGUUUUGAAGCUGAGACGUGUCCAGGCUGUGGAUGAAUUCAGACCCACGUGGAGCCUGAAGGAAUCGCUCAUUCCUUACCUUGAUGCCAAAGACUCUGAGUUAGCUACAGAGCUGCAAGACAUGUUCCCUGAUGAGAUUCUUCUCUCCCACGCUACUGCCACCUGGAAAGCUGCUGCUCUCUUCAAAAGAGAGCGCAGGGAAGGCUAGGACUGCUCCCUCCUGAGCCGCAGGGACUUAGUGCUGCAAACACGGGGCCUCGGGGGCUUGGGGUUUGUGGUCGUCAUUUGUUUCGGGGGGCUUGUGCGUUUUCCUACCAACUUCAGUACCAAGAGUGUAAUGGAAAGAUCAGAUGCUUUCAUGCAUCAGAAAGACGAUGGAGAAGCAGGAGGCUGCACCUGGAAGCAGAGACUCUUGAAGGCAUCCUAAAAAAAAAAAACCCAAAACCAAAUCCUGAGGCCACCUGCUGAAGGUGAAGGAUCGUUCUCAAGAGCGUGGCUGCUGGGAAGGGGUGGGGAGCGUGCGGCCAGCCUCCCGGCACACAACCGGCCC